GCCUCUCGGCGGCCUAGGUCGGCCGCUGAUGCGGAGGAUCUCCGCGACCGGCAGUUCAUCUGAUUCAGUUGACUGAGUCGGUACACUUUGGUUGUCUGUGCACUAUGAACGUGUUUUCACGACGUUUCUGACGGAAAGUUCCCAUUGGUAUAGUGUGAAGUCGUCCGGUAGACACUGUCCAGGAUGCGUGUAAAAAUUGUGGAAUGUGUGCCAAACUUCUCGGAGGGCCAGAGCCAAGAGGUAAUCGACGCAAUUUCCAAUGCUAUCAAGGCCACUCCCGGCGUCUCACUGCUGGGUGUUGACCCAGGCCCUUCAACGAACCGAACUGUGUACACGUUCGUCGGUUCCCCUGAUGCAGUUAUUCAAGGUGCACUGAGUGCGGCCAGAGUAGCAUACAAGCUCAUUGACAUGAGCAAGCACAAAGGAGAACAUCCGAGACUAGGCGCCAUGGAUGUCUGCCCGUUCAUCCCAAUUCAAGGUGUUGAGAUGGAAGAAUGUGUAUACUGCGCACGAAAGUUUGGAGAAAAAUUAGCCUUGGAACUUAAUGUACCUGUGUACGUGUACGGAUUUGCUGCUCAGCAGGACAACAGAAGGACGGUACCCCAGAUUCGCGCCGGAGAAUAUGAAGGCCUUUCGGAAAAGAUUUUGAAACCAGAAUGGAAACCAGACUAUGGACCAGCAGAAUUUGUACCAAACUGGGGUGCCACAAUGUCUGGUGCACGCAAAUUCCUAAUUGCGUACAAUAUCAACGUCCUCUCAACCAAAGAGCAGGCCCACCGCAUAGCACUCGAUAUUCGUGAGGAAGGCAGGGCAAAGGACCAGCCAGGAUCUCUCAAAAGCGUGCAGGCCAUGGGGUGGUGGCUUGAUGAGGAGAAUAUUGCGCAAGUGUCUGUGAAUGUGCUGGACCAAGAUGUGACUCCUGUACAUGUGGUGUACGAGGAGAUAUGCAAGCUUUCGAGAGAAUUAAAGCUUGCCGUGACAGGAUCUCAGAUAGUCGGCCUGGUACCCUUGAAAGCUCUUCUGCUGGCUGCGGAAUUCUACAUGCAGAAAGAGAAUUUGUUUGUCCUCGAAGAAGACCAGAAAGUACAUCUUGCUAUAAACCGGCUAGGCCUCAACUCGAUCGAACCGUUUGACCCAAAGGAGCGCAUCAUCGAGUACAUGCUGCCAGGCGACAGACUGGGUCCUCUAGUGCAGAAGACUCUCUGCGAGUUCAUCCAUACGGUUGGAGCUCGCACACCAACGCCAGGUGGAGGCUCUGUUGCGGCCGCAGUUGCAUCUUUGGGAGCUGCCCUGGGCGCCAUGGUAGGAAAAAUGACCUACGGGAAGCGUCAGUGGGAAAAGUACGAUGAGCAGAUGCGUAGGCUAAUUCCCGUCAUGCAUCAUACUAUGAACGACCUCAUCCCGAUGGUCGACGCGGAUACUGGAGCCUUUAACGAUUACAUGGCAGCACACAAGCUCCCAAAAGCAACUCCUGAAGAAGAGGAAGUACGUGAAGCCGCCAUGCAGGCAGGGCUCAAGAAGGCAAUCAGUGUUCCUCUAGAAGUAGCUCGUUCAGUGAGCAAGCUUUGGGACACAGCCAGAGAACUGGCUUCUAUUAUCAAUAUCGGUGCCAGAGCUGACCUCCAGGUUGGUGCGCGCUGUCUCGAGACCGGUGUGUUUGGUGCACAUUGGAAUGUCACCCUGAACUGCCAUGGACUGAAGGAUGAAGCGUACAGGAACAAGGUCCUAGAAGAAAUUGAGCAGUAUCGCCAGGAUGCAAUAAAAGGUUGUGCAGACGUUAUAGCAACCUUGGAAAGCAGGGUUUCGUGAAUUGCUCAACUAUCUUUUCGCCCCCGAAUGUAGAGACUUAUUAUGCUUAGCACAUCAGUAGUUCUAUUCUCGAUGGCAGGGUGGUAGCACUGUAGCACUUUCUAGUAGUUGAAGCGUUACACAGUCAAGUCAUUUGUAGCACCUAAGUUUUGUGGCUGGUCGAACUUUAUAGGAGGAGAAGGGUAGGAGGUAGUUAAACCUAAAACUGGACUAGAAAUAUUUUACUACCUUUGGUAGGGAACGUCGUACGUUAAAAUGAAUUGUAAUACUAUGCCUGGCUUCACACCGGCUUCAACAUGAAUACGCUUAGUGUGUCUCGGGAAGCGAGUUCCUACCAAAGCCUCGUAUUUAUCAUACUUUGUGAUUAAUGCUUGUGCUGUCUGUGUUUGUGUUGCAUAGUUGGCACACACAGCUCUCAUAGCUUUCAAACAGUGACAGGUGUGAGAUGGCAGAACAAAGUUAAUUUCAACAUGAGGUCAGUAGCCAUAUGAACUGUGCUUCUGUUUUGCUCAAGUAGUUUCAUUACUGUGACUAGCCAACUACUAAGAGUCCACUACAAUCCUGUGUGAUAACCUGUAAGGUACCUUCCAGAAAAGUAUGUGAAAUUUGUGAUAGCUUAUGCACAUUCCUCUUAAGUAGCAUGGACUCUAUUUGCAAGUUUCCAGUUCUCUGACUAACAUGUUGACAUACUUAAAGCGUAGCUAACUGUAUUUGAUAUACUCUACUCCAAGUUUAGAGCGAUGUGACGUUAAUAGUGCAAGAUCAUUGUUGCUGAAUGUGGCCAAAACGUUUCUGUGAGCUAAUACCGAAGCUAAUGUGGUUCUGAAAAUGUGUUACCGCAUACCAUAUUUCUUUUCCCUCAUUUUGAAGCAUUGAGCUUGUGAACAAUACCGAAUAUAAUGUGCAAUGGAGGGCACAUGACUAAUUACAGGGUAAGAAGAAAAGGGAUUUCAUGAUGACGUUCCUUCCUCACUUCGCGGUCAAAAAAUAUUUUGUAUGGAUAUUUUCGUUCACGUAACGUGUGGUGUUGAGAGACCUUUAUUUUCGUGUGUGUAAAGAAUUUUACAAAUGUUGGAACUUGUCUUCCAAAUCUUGCAUUUACAAACACAUAUCAAGUUACAGUUUAGUGAAACUUUUUACUGUUGUGUUCUGGAGCGGCUAUCAUGGAGGCAGCAGAAUCUGCUUUCCAAUGUUCUUUCUGUUCAGCAUGUGUUCUGUGGCAGAGCGUAUCUGGAACAUACGGGCACACGUGCUACACAUCACUCAAAAUGCAGCAUUAAAGGUGCAUGUUUUUCAAUAAAAUUGUUUCAACCCCGA